GGGGAGGAAGCAGACGGAGGCGGAGUUGCUGGAACCCGUGCUUCGCUCCUCCUUUACGCUCCUUUCUUGGGAACCGGAGCCGGCAACGGGGCCGCGUCGGAGCGGGCGGCGCAGCUAGGCCGAGGAGGAGCCAAUGCUGUGAACCAACCAGGCAAGAGUGCAACAUCCUCUGGUUACAAGUCUUCCAUAGGAAUCAGCAAUUGGACCUUUUCCGGACAAAACUGAAUGUGCCAGUAGUAGUCAGGACUGGGAGACAAUGGAUCCAGCAGAAAGGGCGUCAAAUCGAAAUGAACAAAAAUCAAGAUGUCAAGGCCCAUUAUGUAGCGGUUUGCUUGGCAUAAAAAAAUGAACAUUCCUUAGGAAUAAGUUUACAAAUGGCAAGGAAAUUCUUAAAAAGCCUUAUACGGAGGCAUCCCCGGGAACUCUUGCUAGUAAUUGGAACAGGAGUGAGUGCAGCCGUAGCACCAGGAAUUCCAGCCUUGUGUUCUUGGCGGAGCUGUAUUGAAGCAGUCCUUGAAGCAGCUGACCAGUUGGAAGUGCUGCACCCAGGGGAUGUGGCUGAAUUCCAGAAAAAAGUGGCCAAAGACCGAGAUUUACUGGUAGUUGCACAUGACUUGAUCCGAAAGAUGUCACCGCGCACAGGUGAUACCAAGCCCAACUUUUUCCAGGACUGUUUAAUGGAAAUUUUUGAUAACUUGGAGCAACACAUUCAGAAUCCUGUUGUGCUUCAGUCAAUCCUCCGGCUCAUGGAAAGAGGCACAAUGGUGCUGACUACUAACUACGACAACUUACUUGAAAUUUUUGGUCAACAACAAAAUAAGCCUAUGGAAUCUCUGGACUUGAAAGAUAAAGGCAGGGUUCUCCAGUGGGCAAAGGGACACCUCAGAUAUGGAGUUCUUCACAUUCAUGGUUUGUACACAGAUCCCUGUGGAAUGGUGUUGGAUCCCUUGGGAUAUAAAGAUGUCACUCAGGACCCUGAGGUGAUGGAAGCUCUACAAAACCUGUACCGGACAAAAUCUUUCCUGUUUUUAGGCUGUGGAGAGACUCUGCGUGAUCAAAUAUUCCAGGCCCUCUUUCUAUACACAGUCAAAAACAAAGUAGAUCUAGAACAUUACAUGUUGGUAGUUAAAGAAAAUGAAGACCAGUUUUUCAAACUUCAGGCAGAUAUGCUUCUACAUGGCAUAAAAGUAGUAUCCUAUGGGGACUGCUUUGAAAGUUUCCCAGAGUAUGUUCAAGAUCUAACUGCUCAGAUCUGCAAGCAGAGAAGUCCAGAUACAGAUCGUGUGGACAGCACAACACUUUUGGGAACAUCCUGUGUGGACUGUGCAAAGCGAAGGCUAGGGGAAAAUGGCAAUGACCAACCAAAGAGAGCAAGGAAACCUGAUAAUGGUACCAUGGAAGAUGCUGCCCCCUGUGAUUACGUGAGAAUAUAGCUUAUAAAACAUGCAUCUCCUCUGAGUAUGCCAUCCACUUAUGCCAUAACAAAGAGCCAGAAGGAUCCUUUAAUACAGGCUUGUCCAACCUGCGGCCCAGGUCAGCUCGUAAUGCGGCCCAGUGCAAUUUUUUGUUUUAAAAG